AUGUCCGUAGCGGAAAAGUGUUACUUCAAAAUACUGAUGGGUUGUGGUCUGCUCCCGUUUCGCUUACACACGCCGACGGCACGAUUCGUCGAAAGUAAGCGACACUACUGGUUCAGCAUAGCUUGUGCCGUUCUGUUUAGCAUUAUUGUUCCAUUCUUCUACUGGGCGGCAAUCAACAGCGUCACGCAUCCGCAAACGCCCAUCAACAGUAUGAUGAUCGUACUGCAGUUUCUGUUCAUGUACAUCGUGAUCAUGCUGACCCGCAUCGAAGCGAUACUACACCACAGACAGUUGCGCGAGUUGCUCAAUGCUUUACUGGAAUUACGAGCGAAGGUUUCACGGAUGUCCAGAAAAGGACAGAUUGCUUUGCGAGGCGCGUCGGUGAAACUGUGGUUAAAGCUCGUCCUGGUGGAUGUGGGAUUAAUGAUGGUCUCUGCAGCCUUUUUCAAUGAUUUUAACGAUGAUGGAUUCCAAUGGUGGUACAUGAUCGCUGGUUGCAUAAAUUUGGGCCUGAUGAGCAUAAUGAAUAUGACCAUCAACCUUCUGCUGGUUGCGCUGUACAGUGGGGAGCAAAUUUACGAAACCAUCAACAGAAACUCCGACGAUAGGCAAGGGCACAGAGAUAAAAUGGGGGUUGAGGCGUAUCAAUGGUAUCUCGUGCACACUGCGACCGCUAGUGUGGUCGAACGGAUCGUGAAAAACGUGAACAAACCCCUCUUUGUGCUGAAUAUUUUUUACUUUUUCAUCAUCGUUUUUUCGAUCUUUUAUUUAUUUACCAGCAUCGUUCAGGAUAUGCGAACGGGCUCAGAGUUUAACAUGGUCAAUCCGAUAGCAUUCUUUCUCAGUGAGGCAUUCCAGGUAUACUACAUUGUGAGUGCGUCAUCCGCGUAUUCGGAGCGAGCUCGUCAAAUUGUGCCCAUUCUUGGCACCUACAACGUGGGGUUGAUAGAAACAACCGACGAACAUACGACUGAGCUUCUCAUCAUUGACUAUCUCAGUCGCGAUUAUAGUAUUAGCGUUGCCGGCAUGUAUACAGUGGACUACACGAUGCUGUUCUCUAUUGUCUCCAGCACGACAAGCUUCAUGAUCAUAUUAGUGCAGUCCUAUCUGCAAGAAUGA